AUGUCAGAAAAAUUGAUGAAACUUCUCCCUGUGCAGCAAUUCAGAAGGAAUGAAGGGCCCUUGGAAGAUGUUGCUUUGCCUAUUAGAGCAAUUAUCAGGCUGUAUUUGGACAAGGCCACUCUAAUCUGGAAUGGAAAUGUUGUUACAGGGCUGGAAGCCCUUGCUCAUUUUUUUGAGAUGUUGCCUUCCAGUGAGUUCCAGAUCAAUAUGUUGGACUGCCAACCAGUUCAUGAGCAAGCUACCCAGUCCCAGACUACAGUUCUUGUUGUGACCAGUGGAGCUGUAUAGUUUGAUGGAAACAAGCAACACUUCUUCAACCAGAACUUCCUGCUGACUGCUCAUAGCACUCCUACCAGCACUGUGUGGAAGAUUGCAAGUGAUUGUUGCUGCUUUCAAGAUUGGGCUAAUAUUUAA